AAGAAUUUAGCAAGCAGAGUUCAUGGUCGUGUGUGUGAAUUAUUCAUAUUGAUAAUAUUAAUAUGAACAUAAAUCUACUAAAAUCAUUUACGGAUAAAACACUAGUUAGUAGGGAUUGAAAUAGUAGGGAUUGAAAUAAAAAGGUGAUUCUCUUGGGAUUCGAACCUACGUCGGAACGUUUAAAUACCAAAAUGUCAAUAAGAGCGGGCGAGACGCUUACCCUACUGAGCUAACCGGGCUGAAUACCUGUGGCCGACUUCAUAAACAUCUUAUUUAUAGCGAAAGGAAAACCUAGAUUCGUUUCUGACUUGCAUCGCAAAAUGCAAAUGCUACCAGAGUAGCAGACAACAAAGAAUGAUGUUUUUAUCUGAAAGGAAAUAUUUAUUUCAAACCUCAGCACAAGUACGUUCUACAAUAGCGAUCAACACCGACAUGCCUUAUUGUUUAGCUAUCAAGUAGUUUUCCGACACUCUUCAUGAGGUCAACACGGGGUCACCACGCAAUCACAGCGUGAUCGAGUGUAGGGAUAAAGUUGUAAAAAUCACCUUUCAUCUCAUUUCAGAAAAUAAAUCCGAAAAGAGUGUCUCCAUAAUGUACCGAAAUAGUGUUUGAAAACUUAAACCAGUGAAAACGAAGACUUUUACCCUCCACUUCUGUAAUAUUUCAGAAGAACUCUUUCACCCGUUGCUGUUCGGUUAACCGUUGAGCGAUGAAGACUGGAAGUCAUUUGAUCAUGGGAAAAGGACUUUCAACCUGUCUUUGGCUGCAAUUCAUUCUGACUACCGCAGCCGUAAUGUCUUCUGCUGGUAUAAUCCUGGAUAAAUGUAUGGCGCCUGACCCAUGCAAUUGUACAGUCGACCAUAUUCUCUGUCACAGUAGCCACCUAACCGAAGUACCGACGUUUACACCGACUACGACACAUACAGACAAUUUAACAAUUUUACUUCCUGCCAACGACCUAACAGUUCUGCCGGCAAAUGCCUUCAGGCAUAUCAACACAACCUGCGCUAAAAGAAUAACUAUUUUAUUUCAAAGCAACAAAUUGUACAAAAUGGACAUUGAUGCCUUUGCUGGUAUAGAAAACGCCAUUGUUGAUCUUCAGCUACAAGACAACAGGUUCACAGAACUCCCAGCGGCGCUUACAAAACUAACACGACUUGAGCGGCUACACAUGCAAGCAAAUCCGAUCACAAACAUUGACCCCCUGGUGACAACUUUAAUGAGUCCGUCACUGAAACAUUUUGCGGUGUUUGCUGUGAAUCUUACGUCAUGGCCUUACGGUGUCAACAACUUGCGUCAUCUAUCGUAUCUGGGUAUAGAUAACAUGCCAUUUCACCGCUUGCCGCUUGACUCCUUCAAUGGCUUUGGAGAACUUACAGAGCUUCGUAUAUCUGGGGCAUUUACAGGGGGCAUACCAUCGUCUGUCUGUUUUCUGCGCAAUCUGAAAGUACUGAGUGUGAAUAGGGUGCAAUACCAAUCUCAGCAGCAGCUUAUACAGCUAAAUAAAAAAUGCCGAGAACUUUUGUCCGAUGUUGCCGCGUUUAUUAAUUUGUAGAACGGCCGAUACCCGAUCUACCAAUUGAUGUUACCCUUUACUCCCUAUAUUUUUAGUUUCUUUCGCAAUGAAAAUAUAUGAUGACUAUUACGUUUUCUUGUUGAAUGUUGUUGCACACAGUUUGGAAAAUGGAGUUUUGUUCAGCAUAGGCAAAUGUUUCAAUACCCAAAAUGUUUUCAAUAGUCAUCUGAUACAGAGGCGCCAGAAGGCGUACAACACUAUGGUGUAACCGGUCAAACGGUAACAAUCAAAGAAGCAGCAAUAAUAAAGACCUUCAGGGUGACCAUAAUUGGACCAUGAAAAAUCCGAAGGUUUUGGCGGAUAUGCGUGUUACAGAAGAAACUAUGAUGAAAUUUUCAAUGAGUGUGACACGGCGUCUUAUUGUGAUACAUGUUGUUUGACAAUACAAAACAACGGAUUUAGAGAGUAUUUGUAAACCCGAAAAAAUCCGAAGAUCUCCGGAUAAAUCUGGAGAAAUGGUCGGCCUGGACCUUCAUGCGCUAGAUAUUUUAAUAUUUCACAUUCAUAAGUGUAUACGAACCUUAACUUUGCCAACGCAUAUCAAAUUGCAUUCGUUUUAAAAAUAUAACUGGAGCUUUUAUAUUGACGUUUGUUGUUGGAUCUUUUCUCAAAUAAAAAAUGCAUUUUCA